CGCACGCUCGCGCGCGACGACAUGACUUUCGUGACCGUCGCCACACCCCGAGUGCGGUGACGCGCGCGAUGAACCGCCCGCGCGGCCGGGCGGCGGCGUCCACGCCGAGCCCCGCGGGUCGGACGUCGCGAGCGAAUGAAGCGGGCGAGAUCGACGAGGCGUCAACGUCGGCCGACGCGCCGGUCACGCCGUCGCAGCUUCCGAUGUCCGCGCUCCCCGCGAACUUCGCGGACAUUGACCCCGCGUUCUUAGAAGCGAUCGGCAAGGAGGAGCGAGCGAAGCUCAAGGCGCAGUAUCGACGCGCGGGCAGGAGCGUCCGGACGCCGCGCCGGACGGACGGCGUCGGAGGAGGCGCGACGACCGCGAGCGCGUUCACCUCCCCGGGAGACGUCGGCAUCGCGAGCUUCUUCAACGACGUCGGCGCGAGGGUCAAGCUCGCCGCGGACGAGGUCGGCACGAGGGUCGGGUUCGGCCGCCUCCUCGGCCGCGGCGAGGACGCGUCGCCGUCGACGCCGAACCCAACAAACGCCGCGGCCUCGACGGUCACGGCGCUGACGCCGACGACGUCGCGCGGCGACGUGGACGAGAGCAGGCUCGGGACGAUUCGCUCGCGCACGGAGCACUUCGCGCGGCUGCGCGCGACCGCGGCGUUCAUUCGCGAGACGGAAGCGAGAGUCCGCGCGGAGGACGCGCGGAGGGAGACCGAGGAAGGGCUCACGGUGAUGCAGUCCCCGGACGCGAACGGCGUCGUGACGUACACGUCCACGCCGGCGUCGCGCGGGCGGCGGCGGCGGGCGACGGACGCGACGACGAAAAACGCGCCGCCGCCGCCGCCGAGGGCGACGGAGCAGCCCUCGGAGACGUUCGUGAGCAUCUGCGACGCCGCGGAGAAGCUCGCGUCGUCGCGACGCGCGAUCGAGACGUCGCUCAUGCCGCAGUACUACGCGUUCGUGAACUCGUUGCGAGAGUCCGCGGCGGCGGCGGCGGAAAACGAAGACGACGAACAGCUCCAGACGAACGUGGAGACGCACCUCGCGACGUUGCUCCUCGUCGAGACGGAGCUCCAGAGCGAGAUGAAGCGCUUAAAAACGAACCACUUGAAAGCUGUCGUCUUGCGCGCGAAGCCGGACUGCGCGCACGAGGCGAGUCUGAAGAAGAACGUCGCGUACGCGUACCAAAUCGCGAGGACGGAUCUCAGCGCGCAGUUUAAACGCGCGAGGGACUCGGUGAGCGAGAUGCUGAAAGGGAACGCCGCCGCGAAGGUCGUGUCCACGCAGCGCGUGCUGCGGGCGUCGGACGCCGCGUACGACGAGCUGGAGAGGUUUUAUAAGACCACGGUGAGGCUCCGAGGGGAGUUUUUAGGACACCCCGGGAUGCGGGAGGGCGGCGAGGCGGGCGCGGGCGUUCGCGUCGCCGCCGCCGCGCGGGAAGCGGCGCUCGCGACGCGCGCCGCGCUCAGGCACUGCUUCCACGAGACGACGAUCAUCAAGCACGGCGGCGCGGGAGCGCGCGCGGGCGCGGGUUUAGGCGCGAACGAAGUCCCCGAGGGCGUGGAGGAGUCGUGGCGCGCGCACAUCGCGUCUCUGGACGAGGAGCUGUCGUCGGCGCGCGUCGGCGCGAGGUCGGGGGCGUCGUCCCCGGCGACCAGCGUCGCGUCCACGCCGCGGCGCGGGAAUAGUCCCGGCACCGACGGCGAUGCUCCGAGCGUCGUCGUCGUCUCCACCGCGCCCCCCCCCGCCGAGAUGGCGUCCGCGGCGUUAGAGCAGCUCCGAGGCGCGCUGCGCAACGCGAUCGACGCGGUAGAGGAGGCGACGAGGGCGUGCGCGUCGCUCGCCGCCGCCGCGUCGACGGAUGCUCUCGGGAACGUCGUCGACGAGGUAACGCUCCAUGCGGCGCCGUUAGGGUACCGCCGGACGACGACGCACCUCGUCCCCGUGAAGGACAAGACCGCGGCGCUGUUCCACGCGCUGACGGUGAUCGUGGACGGCGAGCGAAGAGGAGGAGGAGGAGGGGGGAACGGCGGCGGCGGCGGCGGCGGCGCGCGGGGGAGAAACGCGAGGACGCCGCCGUCGACGCGUCGGACGUCGCCGAGCCGCGUCGCGCGCGGCGGCGGCGCGGCGGCGGGCGCGGGCGCGGCGGGCGACGCCGCCGCGGGCGCGAACAAGCUCGCGAGGAUGUUCGGUCGUCUGUUCGGCAGAGGGAAGGACGAGGACGCGGGCGUGGCGCGCGGGAGAAGCGCUGGGUACGACGCGAUCGCGAGCAGACGCGCCGAGCGGCGAGGCGGUCGAAACUGA